ACAUCCUGAUAGCAGUUGGAGCUGUGAUGAUGCUGGUGGGAUUCCUUGGAUGUUACGGUGCCAUUCAGGAAUCUCAGUGUCUACUGGGAACGUUCUUCUUCUUUUUGGUGAUCCUCUUUGCCUGUGAAGUGGCCGCAGCUCUCUGGGGUUUCAUGAACAAAGACACUGUUUCCAAAGAACUCAUCAAUUUUUACGACGCCGCUUACAUCAAGGCUAUGGAUGUGUCAGACACCUCCAGUAAAGACUCGGCCUCCAAAGUCCUCAACGUUUUCCACAAUGCACUUGACUGCUGUGGAAAAGGAAACGACACCCUCCUCUUCCAAAAUGUUGCUGCAUCUUUGUGUUCAGAAAACACUCGAAAUAAACCUGAGAAGGACAAGAGCUGUCACCUUAAGCUGAUAUCGCUGUUCUCUGACAAGCUCUACCUCAUCGGGCUGGCUGCCUUGGCGGUUGCCGUCAUCAUGGUCUUCGAGAUGAUCUUCACCAUGGUACUCUGCUGCGGCAUCCGGAACAGCCCUGGCGUCUAUUAAAAGUCUACCAAGCAGCAGCAAACACCAGCUACUGUUUGUGUGUCUCUAGUCUCUGCUGUACGCUGUGGAGGCUUAUAUUUAUCAUUUUAUUUUAGAUCAAGUCAUGUUUUCUAUUUUUAAAAAAAUAUUGUAAAUCUGUCACUAUUAAUCUUUUACUUUCUAGCAGGCAGACAUUUAUAAUUUAUAGCAUACACGCCAAAUUCCUGAUUCAUGAAUGCAUGCAGUCUCUUCAAAAGUGCCUCUCAGUGAUUGAUUUUGUUAAUGGAAAUUGUACAUACACAGGAGUGUGACAGUGUUAUUUAAGCUUCUAGUUCAGUAUGACUGUGGCUCUCUAGUGGAUUCACUUUGGAUACACUCUUCUGGAAUAACCACACACCUUUUUUUAAGGUUUUCUUUUCUCAAAUUUCUAAUAAAAUGUGCAACUUCUCUUAAAUUUGUGUUUUUUUUACUGUUUUCCAUACAGUCUGUGAGAUGAGGCACUUUAUCUUUAUGUAUCCGUUGUCACGUAAGCUUAAAAAAAGUAAUUAUUUUUUUAAAAUAAUAUAUUUUUCUUAAUUAUGAUUUAAAAAAAAAAAUCCCACAAAUCACCACAAGGGGGCACUGCCACAUGAUUCUCAUGCUCACUCAGAAUCACAAACCCAUCUGACUUGUAAUUCUGGCAUCCUGACAGCAGCAGACACACCCCAAGUAUGUUUGUUCUGCAUACAGGUUUACUUUCUCACCAGAAACGGCUCUGAUGUCAGACGUGCCGGUUCAAAUUUCAAGAUGGCCUUGAGCUCAAACGCUUCAUGUGUGGAAUGUCUAUGGAGAGAAAACAUUCUGACACUUUGCAUUGCAAAUUUCACACCUGAUCUCGAAAACAAAGUUACCGUAUGUGGAUGUGUCAUUCGGUUUUAUUAAACUUUCUCAGUCACACCGCCAAAAUAAAAGCUGCUCUCCGUUUCAAAGCUGAGAAUUUGACUUUCGUUACUUGGUUGCGAAUUGGAAAUGUGUGCAAGCCACAAGCCACAAUGAGAUUUUCUAAGGAGAAUGUUAGUCUGAACGUGGAGCCAUCAGCCUCUGAGGACCAGCUUUCCAGUUUCAGUAAAAUAAGACAGAAGAACAUGACGGUUGGUCGUGCCACAGAGUUCAGACGUCUUUCUUGAAGCAAAAACAUGUUUCUCCCAUGUAGCUGCAGUGAUUUAUGCCUGACUGCUCCCUAAAAUAAGCCUUUCUCAAUCAGAUGAUUUAUAUGCAACAAACAGACUCAUCUUUUCUUAGUUAAAAUUAAUGCAAUCAACAUUUUUUUUAUUUUUUCAAACUUAGUUGUUUUUUUUCCGUUAAUGCUUGAUUCCAUUUUUUGCUUGGGACAAAUAUUUAUUAACUUAAACAACUUAAAAAUGUUGAUAAUCCUAAUAAUACUGUAUAAUUACUUAAAAUUUGAUUUACUAGCUGGUACAUUAAAGAGUUAAAUUCAAUAUUUUACCACAAUGAUUAAAAAAUGUAGCCUUAAAAAAUAAUUUUCUGGACUUUUAAUUUGUUAUUUUUUAAAAUGGUGGCCUGAAUGUACAAAAAAACAAAAAAAACAAAUUGAUCCUGUUCUGAGAAAACCGUGCUGGAGAACGUGAAACUUUACAAAAACAGCCCCGGGCAACCCCUCAUACUGAAGGGAACAGUAAAAACCUGCACUCUGACAUGCAGCUUCUGUGACGCAUUUAAGGA